UCGCAAUCUUUUUUGUAUUCACUCUCGAUUUUUAUUUUUAUAUUUAUCAUAGCACUGUACCGGCUUCCCCACCACCACAAGUCACAAAAUACCCUCCAGCAAAUGGCCUCAUAUAAAUUGUGGUGUGGUGUACGUGAUCAAUUGCGCGCAUGAACAAGUUGUUCAUGCCCCAUCCCAUUGACCCAACCUCGCAGCAAUUUCUCCAUAGUGUGGGAAAUUGGUUAUGCUUUGGAGUCUGGGGCACCCCGCUUGUGUGCGGCCCCUAUUAAAACCGAUCUGUCGUCACCGCCCGCAGCUACCGACCAUUUCAGCCGACGCCGAGGGCCACUAAUUCUAGUCCGAGUGUAGGGGUAGUUUCCAUCUAAGGAAGUGUCCCGAGGUUCAACGGCCAUAUUUUAUCUUUUGGCUUUUUUUGAACUCCCUAUACACCUUAUACCUUUACCCGGACUUGGGAUACUGAGGAGCUGCGACUCGGUUCAACCCCCAAGAAUCUCAUACUAACUUGAGUCAAUUCAAGAGUCAACUAAAAAGAGAUCCCGCCAUCGAAUAACUUCUACGCAAACAAACCCACCAAUCACAAUGACGUCUUCAGCCGAAAUCACAUCGCUGCCGACAGGCGAGCCUGUGCCAUCAUCGACGCCUCCAGCCAACACAAAGAAGGCCGCGGUUCCUCUCAGCGCCACUCUGGCCGCCGCACCCGCGAACGUAGAUGCGUUCCUCUCCCACCUGCACCGCUGCUUGCAGACGCCUACAGGCAUUGAUUGCGUCCUCCAAUUCGUCUGCUACACCUCCCGCCUCUCGGCAGCGACCCUGACCAUCCUGGGCAGCAACGCCCUCCGCCGCUCCGCCAAGGACAUUGCCCUGCUCGUCCUCUCCCUCCCCUCCCAGCAGAGCGCCGUGCUCCUCACCUCCUCCUCCGCGGCGGCCUCGCCCAAGACCGCCGCCUCGGCGCUGGCCCUGCUGGUCGCAUCCCGCCUGCGCGCCCUGGGCGGCCUGCUCGCCGAGGCCCGCGUCGCGCACCGCCUCUGGGGCCUGUUGGGCAUGUACUUUUGGGCGCGCCGGCUGAUCGCCGCGUCCAUCCAGGCGCGCAGGGCCAGGCAACAGCAGUCGUCAUCAUCGGAGAAGGACGUGGCCGGUAGCACAAACCAGCAAGCCAGCUCCUCCGCCGUCGUGGCCCUGCAGUGGGCCCAGCUCCUGUCGUGCGCGGGCUUCCAGCUGCUAGAGAACGUGGCCUUCCUCUCGUCCAAGGGCGUGCUGGGCUGGCCGCCAGCCGAGCAGGCCAAGCUGGCCCGCUGGAGCAGUCGCUUCUGGGGCGUCUUCGUCGGUAUGGAGAUUGGCAGGCUGGCGUUUGAGGCGACCAAGGGCGCCGAGGUCCGCACCACCGAGUGGAAGAAGACCAUGACGCGCUACGUCGCCUGGUCGCCCGUCAUCAUGCACUGGGGCUCCGAGGGUGGCCUGCUGAGCGAGCUCGGUGUGGGCAUGCUGGGCUGCAUCCCCAGCGUCAUACAGAUGAGGGACUUGUGGCAAAGCACUGCGACGAGUGCUUGA